AUUGCGGUAGUGGGGGCUAUAGCAAUCAGCUAGUUCAGUAUUUGAUAUCUCGCUAAUAUGAGUAGAGCUGGUAAAGUGUUGCUGCUGCUGCUCGCAUGUGUCGUUUGCACUUGUUGUGGACAUAAUGAAAUCGUCGACUUGCUCAUAAAGCAAGAGGCACCUUCACUGUCCAAGACCGAAGUCGACGCCCUGCUUCCAUUUUUUGAGGAGUUGCAAGUUCAGUACGACUUCAUAACUAAUCUGAAACUGCAUGAGCCAGAGCUGAUCGAUGAAACUUAUGUGGCGGUAUUUGAGGAAUUUAGAAAUGAAUUCGCCAGCUAUAUGAAGUAUGAACCGAGCAUUGUGUACGAUACAGAGUUGCCCACCCUGGAGCAUCUGAUUGGUAUUCAUGCAGUUAAUGGGUCGAAGCAGGAGCAGCUUGAAUUUGAGGACUUACAGAGUAUUAUGCAGGAUGUCAUAGACGACGCCGAAGCGGGCAUCGCUCAAUUGGUGCAACGAGCACUAGAUAUUGAAAGGAAUUUGCUGAAGCUCAAUAAGCCCAAGAUUAUUAUGGCAGCAAUUAAUGGAUUAAACUCUAUGUGGAAUAUUUGGGGGCAUGCCAUCCAAACUGCCUACUGCAGCUACUCCCAUGUGCCGCAGUUAAAACAGGAUCUGCAUACCAUUAACGGCGGAGUUGAAUGCUAUACCUACUCCAUGUCGCUCAUUUUGCGCGUGCAGCAUGAAACGGUUGAGGCUGUCAAAAACAUUAGGAAAAACGUUUCCGACUUAGUCACCGUAUACAAGAAGAUUGCUGCAAAGAAAACAAUUACAGGGAAGAUAUUAUCGGGCACGCUAAAUCUAUUUAAGACGCUACGUCGCCUGCACGAUAUUAUAGCGAUAUGCCUUGAUGGUUACGACAAAAUCAAUAAUGAGUUGACCGGUGCAGCAUUAAAGUCUGCGCAGUGCGGCGAAGAGUUCGUCUCUAGCGUACCACAUAUAAUUGAGACGGUGCAGAAUCUAACAGGGUGCAUUCGAUUUGUAGAUCAUGAAAAGUCAGACUAUGAAUUUAUGAAGCCAGAGGAGGAUCGCUAUUGGAACAUAGGCGAGCUACCACCAGAAAUACCGCAUGAAAAUGAUGUAGAUGAGGACAUGGAGACAGAUGACGAAAACGAUGAGGAUGACUACAUAGAUCACCGAUAAUUAAA